GUGAAAUUAUCGUGUAUGGUCACAUUUGUUUGGUCGCGGAAGGAAAAUCGAAUAAUUGGGUAGUGGAAAACCGGGAAGCCGGAAGACAUUCCAUCACAUCCUCAAGUCCUGAAGCCCUUGUAAGCAGUCAUGGACCGCUACACAGUGAGCUCGCUGGUGGGCCAGGGAUCCUUCGGCUGCGUUUACAAGGCGCUCCGCAAAGCCGAUGGCAAAAUGGUGGCCAUCAAGGUCAUUUCCAAGCGGGGACGCUCCGCCCGCGAGCUGAAGAAUCUGCGACGCGAAUGCGAAAUCCAAGCCAGACUUAAGCAUCCACAUGUCAUCGAGAUGAUAGAGUCCCUGGAGUCCAAGAUGGAUCUGUACGUGAUCACGGAAUUCGCCCUGAUGGACCUGCACCGGUACUUGACCUACAACGGGCCCAUGGAAGAGGAGCCGGGCCGCCGGGUCAUUGGGCACCUGGUGUCGGCUUUAUACUACCUGCACGCCAAUCGUAUUCUCCAUCGGGAUUUGAAGCCACAAAAUGUCCUCCUCGACAAGAACAUGCACGCCAAGCUGUGUGAUUUUGGUUUGGCGCGGAACAUGACUAUGGGCACCCAUGUUCUCACCUCCAUCAAAGGCACCCCGUUGUACAUGGCGCCCGAAUUGCUGGCCGAGCAGCCUUACGAUCACCAGGCAGACCUGUGGUCGCUGGGCUGCAUUGCCUACGAGAGUCUGGCCGGGCAGCCGCCAUUCUCCGCCAGUUCCAUUGUCACCCUGAUUACUGUGAUAAAGCACGAGGACGUCAAAUGGCCGAGCACACUGAGCAGCGAAUGCCGCUCGUUUCUGCAGGGCCUGCUCGAGAAGGAUCCGGUCCAGCGAACAUCAUGGACGCAACUUUUGUGCCAUCCUUUUGUAGAGGGUCGUCUCUUUCUGGCGGAUAUGCACGCCGAGGCUGCCCAGGAAUCGCCCUUCACCAAUCCCGACGCUAAGCCCCCUAAGCCGGCCAGAUCCUCGGCAGUCUCCAGACAAGAAGCAUCCGACUUGCACGAAGCUCUGGCUGCCCUAAGCUUCUGCGGAAAUCUAAGCACCUCGCGAGACAGCAUCAACCCCAUUGUAGCCAGCGAUGUGGAGCAUCUUGAGACGGAUGUGGAGGAUAACAUAAAGCGUGUGGUCAUACCCUUUGCCGAUGUUUCGCUGCGGGAUCUAUCCGCCCUUAGGGCGGCCCCGUUACAGCACCCGUUGGCGCAGCAUCCGCUGCUGGCGCAACACCAGCUGAUGGCUCAACACCCGCUGGUGGGGCAACAGCCGCUGAUGGUGCACCACCAGCCGCUGGUCAACUCGCACACCUGUUUCGUUAGUGGAAACUCAAACAUGAUACUCAACCACAUGAACGACAACUUUCCGAGCGACUACAACGCCAACGCCAGGUCUCAGAUUCCAUCAGGCGUGCGUCAGUCGCGCAGCAAGGAUCUGGAGAAGCGCAAGCUUAGUCAGAACAUGGAUAACUUUUCGCUGCGGCUGGGCCAGAGCGUCGACACCGAGGCACACCGCAAGGCCACCGAAAUGCUGACCCAGGAGAAGCUCCAGCAAGAGAAGCUACACCACGAGAAGCUCCAGCAAGAGAAGCAGAAGAAUCUCAACCUGAAACAGUCGAUGCAGUCCAACACCGGCGAGGAGAAGCUGAGUAGCGACAAUACACCACCCUUGCUGCCUGGCUGGGAUAGCUGCGACGAAUCCCAGAGCCCGCCCAUCGAGAACGACGAGUGGCUGGCCUUCCUCAAUCGGUCUGUGCAGGAGAUUCUCGACGGGGAACUGGACUCGCUGAAACAGCACAACCUGGUGAGCAUCAUUGUGGCGCCACUGCGCAACGCCAAGGCCAUUCCUCGGGUACUGCAAAGUGUGGCCCAACUGCUCUCCCUACCCUUCGUUUUGGCGGAUCCCAUGCUGAUUGUGGACCUGGAAGUCAUCCGUAAUGUCUACGUGGACGUGAAGCUGGUGCCCAAUCUGAUGUACGCUUGCAAGCUGCUGCUGUCGAACCGCCAGCUCACAGACUCGGCUGCAUCCGGCACCCACCCGGCUGGUUCGCUGAGCCGCACCUUGCGCAGCAUACCGGACCUAACGGAGGAGGAACUGGAAACGGCCAGCAGCUUGUAUGAACUGGUCUGCCAUUUGGUGCACCUGCAGCAGGCUUUCCUCAGCCAGUUCUGCGAUGCUGUGGCCAUUCUCUCGGCCAACGAGCUCUUUCUAAACUUCCUCACCUACGACUUCAGGCAGUCGGAUUCGGAUGCGGCCUCCGUCAGACUGGCUGGCUGCAUUCUGGCCCUGCUGGGCUGUGUGCUGCGCGAGUUGCCCGAGAAUGCAGAGCUGGUGGAACGCAUCGUCUUCAGUCCACGUCUGCGCUUCGCCACGCUCCUGCAGAGCCGCCACCACCUGUUGCGGCAGCGCGCCUGCCAACUGCUUCGGCUCCUGGCCCGCUUCAGUCUGCGCGGCGUGCAGCGCAUUUGGGGCGUGGAGCUCCGCCAGGCCCUGCAGGAGCUGGCCGACAACUACAACUAUCCGGCCCUGCGCAUCGAGGCCGCCCAGACCAUCGACGAGAUCAGUCAGUUUAGUUUCUUUGUUACCUAGCAUAUACUCCCCUUUAUUGGCAUCAGAAGGAACUAUCCAAAGAGAUCCUGAAUGUUGCCCUGGAAGU